AAAGCUCCAUUCUCUCUCUCAUCUAAACAACUCACAAGCUUGUGCCUUCUUGUUUGUUCCAUACGUUGUACCUGCUUUUGCUAUUCAUAUUGUCAUUGCCAUCAACCCCACGAGGGUGUGUGUGUUGUUCUGCUCAUUCAUAUCUUUUCUAUAGCAAAGCUCAUUGGAAGUUAAGGUACGCACGUAUGGGUAAAAAGCUUGAUGCUCUUCUUGGCAGAACCUUCAAGGUUUCAAAGUUCAAGCCAACUGUGAACCUUGCCAUCUCACGCCUUGCUGUUCUCAAGAACCAGCGUCAGGUUCGUUUCAGACAAGCCCGUUCAGAUGUCCUUCAACUUCUCCAAGCCGGUCAACAUGAACGAGCUCUGCUUCGAGUUGAGCAUGUGAUCAAGGAUCAAAAUAUGUUGGAUAUGUACGACAAGAUUGAAGGAUACUGCAGUCUAUUGAUUGAAAGGAUCCACCUCAUUGAACAAGAAAGAGAAUGUCCUGAGGAACUAAAGGAGGCAGCAUCAGGAUUACUCUAUGCAGCUUCUAGGUGUGGAGAUUUUCCAGAGAUUCAAGAGAUUCGUGCAGUUUUGACCUCUCGGUUUGGUAAGGACUUUGCUGCUCGUGCUAUUGAGUUAAGGAAUAACUGUGGAGUCCAUCCCCAGAUGAUACAAAAGUUGUCAACAAGGAUGCCAAGCUUGGAGAGUAGAAUGAAGGCACUCAAAGAUAUUGCUUCUGAGAAUGGAAUUGUUCUACAGCUUGAAGAAGCUUCUUCUCCUGUUGAGGAAAUAUCCAAUGUAGAAAAGCAAAACCAGCAUAAACAUGAGAUGAAGGAAGAGAUUAUCAGAAUUUUGCCUAAUAGAGGAAAAGAUGAGGAGUUAACUGAUUCCUUCAAGGUCAGGAAAAAGUACAAGGACGUAGCUGAUGCAGCACAAGCAGCUUUUGAGUCCGCAGCAUAUGCUGCAGAUGCGGCAAGGGCAGCUAUGGAACUCUCACGACCUGGAUCUGGAUCACAUGAUCCUGACGAUCAUAGUAGUCCAAGCUUCCAGCCAAGAAAAGUGUUGGAUGGACAUGAUUCUGUGAAACCUCAGCCACAGGAAGACAAGGAAAUCCGUAGGGGAUCUCAAGGUGAAAAUUUUAACAAGGAAAUGGACGAGUUUAAUAAGCAAAAAGACAUUUUAAGUUGCAAUUCAGCUGAUGAGAUUUUGAAGGGGGGUGUUGCCUCAGUGGAUGCUGAAACUGAGGCUGAUCCUUUUGAAAAUGAAAUGGUUUUUGAUGAGAGUGAUGAUGAAACUGAUAAAAAACAGAACAGAAUUUUAUCUUCUAAGCAGAUAUCUUCAAGGUAUGAUGCUGGUAUAGAGGUUGGAUCAGGUUCUAGUAACCUAGUUAUAAAUACAAUAUCAGGAUCCAAGAAACAGAGUGCGCCUCUGUUGAAUUUGGAGAAGAGGCCAAUUUCAGUAAGGACUAGAUGAUGCUUAAUUGCUGAGUAUGAGUGCAUCGCAUGCAAUGUUGUGUAUCAGAUAUGAGUUUGCUAGUAGUUUAGUGUGUAAUCACUUGGUUCAUUAAUUUCUAUGUUGUAUAUUUACCAUCAAUUUUUUCUGCAGGUUUCCAGCAUUUAAAAGAUUAGUUUACUUCAAAGUUCAAA